AUGCCUCGUGGUCAUAAGAGUAAGCUCCGUGCUCGUGAGAAACGCCGCCAAAACAAAGCUGAGGACCCAGGUGUUAAGAAUGCUCAGGCCCCUGCAGGAGAGGAAGGAGAGGCCACUUGCUCCUCCUCUUCCGUUUUGGGGGAUGGUCCCUCAACCUCCACUGGUGCUGGCACUCUCCAGGCACCUCCGAGUGCCCCAGCCACCACCAGUGCCACUGCAGGUGCUUCAGGUGAAAGAUCUGCUGUAAAAGCCAAAGGCCAUGUUAGGAAAGGUAAAAGUUCCUCUGGGGCCUCAACUUCCACUAAGAGUUCUGGCCAAGAUAUUCUAAAUCAAAAGGCGAUUAUGAUAGUAGAGUACCUGCUGUAUCAAUAUAAAAAGAAGGAGCCCAUUAAAAAGGGAGAAAUGCUAAAGAUCAUCCACAAGUGGUUCAGGAAGGACUUCCCUGAAAUCCUUGGGAGAGCCUCUGAGCGCAUGGAUCGGUUCUUCGGCCUGCAAGUGAAAGAAGUGAAGCCCAAUGGUAACUACUACACCCUUGUCAGCAAUCAGGAUGACACCAGCGAUGAGAGUGUGGGGUGUGGCUUCAGAUUUCCUAACAAAGGGAUUCUGAUGCCUCUCCUGGCUGUGAUCUUCUUGAAUGGCAACCGUGCCUCUGAGGAGGAGAUCUGGGAAUUCCUGGAUGAUUUGGGCAUCUAUGAUGGAAAGACUCACUUCAUUUUUGGGGAGCCCAGGAAGCUUAUCACCCAAGAUUUAGUGCAAGAAAAAUACCUGGUGUACCAGCCGGUGCCCAACAGUGAUCCUCCACGCUAUGAGUUCCUGUGGGGUCCAAGAGCUCACGCUGAGACCAGCAAGUUGCAAGUCCUGGAGUUUCUAGCCGAUCUCAAUGAUACCCUGCCCACUGAUUAUUCACCCCAUUAUGAAGAGGCUUUGCAAGAUGAGGAAGAGAGAAAGCAAGCCAGUGCCCAAGCUGCACCCAUGGCUGCCACUCCUCCCAAGGCCAGUGGAGGCUCCAGUGUAAAGCCUAAGGCUCCUAAGGUUUGA